AUUAUUUAUUCAAUACCUUACCAUACCCCCUUCUCUCUAUUAUAUCCCUUUCUGGGUUCCCUUAAUUCUAUACCCUCUAAGAAAAAAAACCCUCCCUUUCAAAAAAAGCUUCAAUUUUUCCAUCUGGGUUUUGUGCUUCAUUCUUGUUUCUCUUCAAAUUUUUUUGUUUUUCUUUUGUGGAUCUUUACCUUUUUUUUCUUAUAUGUAAUUUUACUAUAGAUAUUUAUAUAUAUAUACCCUAACUACUACUACUACUACUACUUUUCUACUUGGUGUGUUGUUUGAGAUCCAAUUUCUUCAUAAAAAUUAAAUUACUUUCUUUCAAAUUCAUGGAUGAUUUUGGUUCAUCUUCUAGAUUUCAUCAUCAUGAGUACUACAACUUUCAAAGCAGCAGCAGCAACAACAACAAUAGAAGAAGAAGAAGCAGAGAUUUUGAUGAUGAGGAACAACAACAACAACAAGAUCAAGAAAUGGAAGACUCUUGUAACAACAACAACAAUAAUAACAAUUGUUCUGUUUUUGUAGAGAAAGAGCACAUGUUUGACAAGGUUGUAACUCCAAGCGAUGUGGGAAAAUUAAACCGUUUAGUUAUCCCAAAACAACAUGCUGAAAAGUACUUCCCACUUGAUUCUUCAUCCAACGAAAAAGGUCUUCUUUUAAACUUUGAAGAUCGCGGUGGUAAGCUAUGGCGGUUCCGUUACUCUUACUGGACUAGCAGCCAAAGCUAUGUGAUGACCAAAGGCUGGAGCCGCUUUGUCAAAGACAAAAGACUCGAUGCUGGUGAUAUUGUCUCUUUUCAAAGACCCCUUCAUCAUAAUAAAGAUCGUUUUUUUAUCGAUUGGCGACGCCGCCCGCCGCAUCCGACGGUCGACACACCUUUAUAUUUCCACUGUGGCGGCGGCGGUAGCGGCAGCAGCGGAGGUGGUGGCCAAUUUCCUCCUCAUCAUCACCAUUUUCAGCUUCACGGCCAGUGGAAUAAUAAUCCAGUGGCCACACCCUUAUCUUUACAUAGGGACCACGUCCUCCACUUGCCGCACAAUAAUAAUAAUGUGAGUUUAUUUCAUAAUACUUAUAAUCAUCAUCAUUAUCAUCAUCAUCAUAAUCGCCAUCCCAUUCUUGACGGUCCAUAUGAUGGAUCGUCGGUUUUUUACCAUUUGAGAUCCCCUACCGCACCACUGCAGAUAGAGGCGGUACCAGUUAUAGGGGAUGGAAAUGGUGGUGAUGGUGAUGGCAGUGGUGGUCGUCGUGAAAUUGGGAAAACGGCUGCAGCUAAGACGACAUUGAGGCUUUUUGGUGUUAAUAUGGAAUGUGCCGUAUCUGAAGAUCAGUGUGGUGAUGAUGAAUGUGACAUAGCAACAACUUCCAUGACGAUAAUGUCGCCGUCGUCAUCUCAAUUCCAUGUUUAUAAUGGAAUGCCAAUGCCGAUGCUGAUGCCCAUGUCGAUGCAGAUGCCAACAAACAAUAACAACAUAUCAACAACCAUGGAGUUUUUCGAGAAAGGGAAGUCGCCGAUGUCGUCGUCUUUUGAUUUUGGAACUUGACAAACUGAAUCCACAUCUCCAAAGAAAAAAAAAAACAAAGCUUCUUGGACAAAUGCAGAUGAAAAUCAAACGGGUCUUUUUGGAUUAAACUUCAGCAACAAGAGUCCAUAGAGCAUGUGGUGAUUGCUGUCUCUAAUUCCUUGGAAAAAUGGCAAAGCCCAUGCAGGUUUUGACAGAUAAAAGUGUUUCUGAGAGAUGGCCUUUUAAAAGUUUUUGAAGAUAUAUAUAUAUAUGACAGUGGAAGCAAAUUACUUCAUUUUCCUUCUGAUUAGUUGCUUCAUUUUGUUGACAAUCACACUCACAAGAAGCCAGUUUGGUGGAGAAUAUUAUAGGUUUUGAGAACUUUCCAAGGUGUGUAUCUAGUUUUGACAAUGUUAAAUUUUCUAGUUUCUCUCUAUUGUGUAAAACAAUCUAACAUGCUUUAGCAAUAUUUUUUUUAAAAAAAUAUUUACCACUACCUGAUCUAUUAUUUCCA